AUGCGCUAUGGGAAAGAAGGGCUCAAGAUUCGUAGUAUCUGGGCUGCAGAUCCGGCACAUCAGGCGGAGAGCAACAUCAUCAAUGGAGGCCGUCUUGGAAUUGACCAUCGGCGCGUCUUCGCACAUUUUGUGAAGUACGGCUUGCGCGAUGUCCUAGCAAAAUCCGAAAUCAGUGACGAGAAUGGUCGGCCUAAUAAGACGACAUUAGUGAGACUCACCACUCCGCUAGUGCAGGAGCUGGCCUCCUUUGCCCGACCUUAUCACAACCUCCCUGCCCCCGACGUAGGCGUAGGUGAUCCUAGAAACCGCCUCACGCACCCAGAUCUCGAUCCUGAGGCCCUCACAUCGUUACCAUUUUAUCGUCCAGAGAUAACUGAGCUUUUCCCUCGGUUGCCAUACUUACGACCGAGUGUUCUUUACAUCUUUGGCAGUGAGUCCCAUAUGAGCCUUCCAGAGUUAAGAAGUGACAAGCUCCGGACUACGGGUAUUGCUACUGGGGGAAGUGGCGGGGCUGCAGCUGGUCGCGUGCGUGAAGUCGUCAUGCAAGGGUUCUCACACCAGGUUCCGUUCGAGGCAGUCGAUGGAUGCGCAGAGGAAAUCUCUCGUUGGUUAGCUUGCGAAUCAAGGCGCUGGUAUAGAGAGGAGCAGACCCUCCACGAUGGGUGGGGUAAAUUGCAUGUUUCCGACCAAAUGACCAUUGACAAAGACUGGAAAGCUCAUAUUCGAAGGGGACAUCGGGUCAAGUCCAACCUUCCCAUAAUAGUCCGUCUCCAAGGCCAUAUCGCCGUUGUAACUCUCAACCGUCCUGAUAAGCUUAACGCACUGGAUCAGGACAAUUAUGAUCAACUUGGUAAAAUUUUCCGCCACCUUGAGAAAACACCCGACGUUACCAUUACGGUCCUCACCGGCACAGGGCGAUACUUUUCAGCCGGUACAGAUGUCGGCUCUGCCUUCCGAAACAGACCUUACGGAACAGAUAUGCGGCGCAACAUGAGUGGCACUUUGUUUAACAACUUGGACCUCACUCAUACCCUUGUCAACUUUUCAAAGAUCCUGAUCGUGGCACUGAAUGGGCCCGUCGUGGGGUUUCCGGCCGCGCUCAUUGCGCAAGCAGACUUCAUCUAUGCAGCACCGCAUACCUUCCUCCUCACACCAUUUUCAUCGCUCGGUGUUGCAGCGGAAGGUGCGGCUUCUCGUUCUUUUGUGCAGCGCCUUGGUUUGUCCAAGGCAAACGAGGCUUUGAUCAUGAGCAAGCGGAUUUCCUGCGAGGAACUGGUUGCCUGUGGCUUCGUCAAUGGAGUGGUGACUUCUCCUUCGGGGAAGCCAGACGACUCGGUCGGUUUUCUGAAGCAAGUACUUGAUGAAGUGCAUAGGCGAUUUGAUUCACUUGCAGCAAGGUCUUGUGUUGUAGGCAUUAAGAACUUGAUCCGUAAACCAGAGAGAAUGAUAAAUGUCCAACAAAACUGCCUCGAAGUUUUUGCGGGACUGGAUAUGGUCGCAACAGGCGUGCCCGAGCAACACGUUCAGGCGCUGGUGGAAGGACAAAAGAAGCAUAAAUUGUGA